CAACUCUAGGAAACAUGAAACGAUCGGGUGGCAGUGAGAGCGAGAAGAGAAGAAAGAGGCGCAGGCUGCUGCAGGAGCUAGGAGACCAGCGCAUCCCCUACCUCGGGCCCUCAGACCAUGGCUUCCAACAGCUGUGGGAGACUAGCUACUCUGGCCUGGCUCUGCGGCGGUCCUGCUCCCUGCCUGAGGAGCUCCAUGGUCGGGUGGAGGCUGCUCUGUUCACCCUGCGGCGGAGGGGCUGUUUCCUGAGGGACCUGGUGAAGGUGAGGGACCGAGACGUCUUCACCGCCGUGUCCCGGGUGCUGCUGGGUCAGCCAGGAACCACAUACCGCUAUCUGGACACGCGGCUCUUCACCAUCCCCUGGCACACUGACGAGCAGAGAGGGACCUGCUGCGACCCAGACCUCAGCGCCGCCUGCAAAGCACUCUGGGAGCUCAACUGCUUCUUCUGCUCUGAUGUCGGAGACAGGAAGGAGGGGGAUGUUUUCAAGCAGUGCAGGAAAGAGUUGGUUGGUGCUAUAGAGUCUAAACCCAGUGUAGAAGGAGACACGGAGUCUAAAGAUAGUGAGGAGUCCAAACCCAGUGACGAUGGAGGAGACUCAGAGUCCAAGCAGAGUGAGGAGGGAGAGACUGAGUCAAAGCACAGCGACGAUUGGGACAUAGAGUCAAAACACAGUGAAGAGGAAGGCCCAUCGUCCAAACAGGAUGCAGCGUGGGAGUCAAGACACGGCGACGAGAUGGGAGACAUGAAGACUAAACAAACUGAAUUGGGGAGUCCAACGGCGUCAAAACAACACAGUGAGGGAAAACACACAGGCUGGAAGCACAGGCCAGCUGGCAGCACAGAGACAGAGACCACAGACCUAGGCACUCAGGAGAAGCCUGUGGCUGAGCUAAAACACAGUCUCUCUGGGUACCACAUUGAAGAUGAGGAGGAUGAAGACCAGCAGAGUGGCCAGGGAUGCUCUAACCUCAACCCUGCUAAGACAUCCUGUUCUGGCCCGACCCAGUUCAACGUCACCCUGCUCAACUACAUGGACCCAGCAGCUAUGAGCCAGCUGAAAGAAGAGCCGUAUUAUGGGAUGGGUAAGAUGGCUGUGGGCUGGCACCAUGAUGAGAACCUGGUCAGCCUAUCUCCUGUGGCCGUCUACAGCUACAGCUGUCAUGACAACAAAGGUGUGAGCUCGGAGGAGGGUCCUGCAGAGAAGGGCUGCUGGAGGAUUGGUCUAAAGGUGGCCUGGGACAUCCACACCCCUGGACUGACCCUCCCACUGCAGUCCGGAGACUCCUACUACCUUAGAGAUGACCUGAACAGGACCCAUCAGCACUGUGUUCUGGCUGGAGAAUCAGCCCGCUUCAGCUCUACACACAGAGUGGCGGAGUGUUCCACCGGGACCCUGGACUACAUCCAGUCCCGCUGCCGGGAGGCCCUGUCUAACCUGAGCACAGACCCAGAAACAGGGACCCACAGCCUGCUGUCCCUGCUGCCAGCUACCCUGCAAGGCUACGAAGAGAUACACAACGAGGUGGAGUUUGAGUGGCUGAGGCAGUACUGGUUCCAGGGCCAGCGUUACACCCGGUUCUGCAGCUGGUGGGCCAGACCCAUGGAGCAGCUGGAGAAUGACUGGAGAGAGAUGGAGCUCAUGACGCAACUCUUACUGGCCGCGGUAGAGGAAGAGGGACAACCGGAGGAGGGCAGGAGAGAGAUGGCAGAGACCCUGCUAACUGCCCUGACAGACAGACAGCAGCACAGACAGACCUGGAGAGACAGGUGCCAUUCCAGCCUGGCCCAGACCCUGCCCCCAGAAGAGGCCCCCGUUGACCGGCCAUUUUGGGCCGACGACGACCCCAGCAUGCCUCUGCCCUUUGACCUAGCUGACAUCAUCAACAGGGUGGAGUCACUCCUCUGGAGGAUGUGACGGAUGGGACACAAAGAAAAGAGAAGGAGAAAGAGAGCGAGAGAGUCACCCCGUCAUCUGAACAGCCUCUAUCGUGAGGACAGACGACAGAGGAGGAGAACAGGACCUACCAACUCCUGAUGGUGUCAACUUCCUCCAAUGGGGGUAGACUUCCCCAUCCCAACCCUGUACCUCGCCCCACCCCGCCCAAACCAGUCUCAUCUAUCUUUGCUUGCAUUGACUCAACAUGGCUGCAACAUGAGGAUGGAACCCUGAGUAGUGCUUUGCUAACAUGCUAUAGCUGGUAUUGGAACUAGUCUCACAAUGGUAACGUGGAUAACCUGCAGAAUUAAAACUGAAUGUGUAGGAAUGUAUUAUUUCAAUCAAUGUUCUGUUUCUUUUCUACAUUUAACCAGCUUUGUGUAUGGAUAUGACAAAUAGUCAUACAGAUGUAGGAUCUUAAUUUGACCAGUUUCUCACAGCAGCAAAAUUAUCCUGCAGCAACAGGAAAUGUGAAUUAUUGGGUGGAUUAUAAUUAAUGGACAUUUUUGUAAGGGUUGAUACAUUUUUACUUAGGGCAAAUCAAGUCUGACAUUUUCAUGUGGAAAUUACAGACAGAAAUCCUUUUAAACCUUUUAAACCUUGAAUGCACUACAAGUUUGCAUUUCCUUGCUGCGCAGGAAAUUUCCUGCAACAACAGGGUGUUCAAAUUAAAAUCCUAUAUCUGUAGUACAUUUAUACUUUUUGUUUCUAACUCAAUGUUGUUCUAAUUAUACUGUUGUAUCCUAAUGUCCAUUCACUUCCUGUAUUUCACAACUUUCUUGUUUAGAAUCUCACAGGGCAUGACUUUGUGUUACUAAGAUGUGACUGAAAGUGUUUGUGUGUGUGUGUGUGUGUGUGUGUGUGUGUGUGUGUGUGUGUGUGUGUGUGUGUGUGUGUGUGUGUGUGUGUGUGUGUGUGUGUGUGUGUGUGUGUGUGUGUGUGUGUGUGUGUGUGUGUGUGUGUGUGUGCCACUGCAGUAUUUACAGUAUGUGAAAUUGUAUGUGUGUGAAGCAGUAUGAUAGGGCCUGUAGCAGGGCUGGGAGAUGUUUGUGUUAGAGAGGAAAGGACACAAUUCUAGUAGGCCUCUAGGUUCUAGUAGGCAUGUCUCUGUCUGCAGGCCUGUCUCUAGUCUGCUCUGUAGGGCUGAAAGGCAGCCCAGGCAGACAGCUACUGUAGGGCUGAAAGGCAGCCCAGGCAGACAGCUACUGUAGGGCUGAAAGGCAGCCCAGGCAGACAGCUACUGUAGGGCUGAAAGGCAGCCCAGGCAGACAGCUACUGUAGGGCUGAAAGGCAGCCCAGACAGACAGCUACUGUAGGGCUGAAAGGCAGCCCAGGCAGACAGCUACUGUAGGGCUGAAAGGCAGCCCAGACAGACAGCUACUGUAGGGCUGAAAGGCAGCCCAGACAGACAGCUACUGUAGGGCUGAAAGGCAGCCCAGGCAGACAGCUACUGUAGGACUGAAAGGCAGACAGCUACUGUAGUACUGAAAGGCAGCCCAGGCAGACAGCUCCUGUAGGGCUGAAAGGCAGCCCAGGCAGACAGCUACUGUAGGGCUGAAAGGCAGCCCAGACAGACAGCUACUGUAGGACUGAAAGGCAGCCCAGGCAGACAGCUAAUGUAGGACUGAAAGGCAGCCCAGGCAGACAGCUACUGUAGGACUGAAAGGCAGCCCAGGCAGACAGCUACUGUAGGGCUGAAAGGCAGCCCAGGCAGACAGCUACUGUAGGGCUGAAAGGCAGCCCAGACAGACAGCUACUGUAGGACUGAAAGGCAGCCCAGACAGAUAGCUACUGUAGGACUGAAAGGCAGCCCAGGCAGACAGCUACUGUAGGACUGAAAGGCAGCCCAGGCAGACAGCUACUGUAGGGCUGAAAGGCAGCCCAGGCAGACAGCUACUGUAGGGCUGAAAGGCAGCCCAGACAGACAGCUACUGUAGGGCUGAAAGGCAGCCCAGACAGACAGCUACUGUAGGGCUGAAAGGCAGCCCAGACAGACAGCUACUGUAGGACUGAAAGUCAGACAGCUACUGUAGGACUGAAAGGCAGCCCAGGCAGACAGCUACUGUAGGACUGAAAGGCAGCCCAGGCAGACAGCUACUGUAGGGCUGAAAGGCAGCCCAGGCAGACAGCUACUGUAGGACUGAAAGGCAGCCCAGACAGACAGCUACUGUAGGACUGAAAGGCAGACAGCUACUGUAGGACUGAAAGGCAGCCCAGACAGACAGCUACUGUAGGGCUGAAAGGCAGCCCAGACAGACAGCUACUGUAGGACUGAAAGGCAGCCCAGACAGACAGCUACUGUAGGACUGAAAGGCAGACAGCUACUGUAGGCCUGAAAGGCAGACAGCUACUGUAGGGCUGAAAGGCAGACCAGACAGACAGCCACUAUACUGUAGGGCUGAAAGGCAGACAGCUACUGUAGGGCUGAAAGGCAGCCCAGACAGACAGCUACUGUAGGGCUGAAAGGCAGCCCAGACAGACAGCCACUAUACUGUAGGGCUGAUAGAAGGAUCCCCAUCCCAAUCCUAACACUUUAUUUCCGGGAUCAUCAACUAGAUUCAGCCGCGGGACGAAUUACAAAUCAUUUUUAGACUGCAAAUUGACCCCAAGAAGCCUAAACAGAUAAUAUUUGACUAAAACAUAAUCAUUUCAAACCUUGCUCACGUUUGUACACGAUUACUUGUCUCACUAUUAUGCGUGGAAAUACUUGGGAAUUAUUAAAAAAAUAUUAUUAUUUUAUUAUUAUUUUGCUUCGAAAACUUGGGGGCCAAAUAAAACCACCCGCGGGCCGCAGUUGGGCAGCUGCUUUCUUUGACCUAUUCACCAUAAUGCCUUUAUAACAAUGUUGUAAACAUGUCAUAAUGCUACAUAGCUUGUGUCAUUGUGAUAACUGAAGCUUUAUGGCAUGUGUUGACAAGUUGUGACUCGUGGUAUGAGGCUUUAUAACAUGGUUAGGACAUUUUUAUGAAGGUUAUGAAGAGCUCAUGGUGUUUUGUUCAAAUGAAGUGUUACCAAUUUCUUUAUCUAUAUAUAUCAACAGGAAGUAGAACUGAUAUGUAGUGUCAAAGAUCCACUUCUCAAAGUUGUUUUUUACUUCUGGAAGUUUUUCCAAUUUCAAAUGUUAACGAUUGCCAAAAUGUUGUUCUUUUGCUUAAUCUUUUUGUAUGUUGACUGAGGUUGAGAUUGUAGACUGGCUGUAUUGUUGAGUUGAACAACUAUGUGCUCUCUGUUUCACAGCUCAGCUUGUCUGUCUGAAGCUUUAGGAAGGCAGUAAAUAAACCAAGACAGUGUUUUAUGACCCUC